AUGCUGGGUGCCGCGGCCCUGCUGCUGGCCCUGCUCCCGGGGACCUCCACCCUGCCCAGCGGGCCGCCUGAGGCUAGGAGGUUGAAUCAUGUGCUUGAGGGCCUGAGGGGCAGCCCGCACUCCCUCUGUGCCCCUCUUUCUGCCCCGCCAGCGCCCCCCUUUCCACGGGCGCCCGGUUCGCGGCUGCGUCGACCCCUUUUCCAUCUAGAGCUGUCGGACGCACCGGACGCGUUCCCGCGCCGCGCAGGGCCGCUCGAGGUCCCAGCGGACAGCCGCGUGUUCGUGCAGGCGGCCCUGGCCCGGUCCUCCCCGCGCUGGAGCCUGGCCCUGCACCGCUGCUGGGUGACGCCCUCCUCACGUCCGGCCCCAGGACCCACCCUGGCGCUCCUGCGAGGGGGCUGCCCCACCGAUUCCUCGGUCACCUUCCCGCCACCACGCCCUGGGGCCGCCCGCUUCAGCUUCCGUCUGCACCCGGUCUUCAAUGCCUCGGUGCAGUUCUUGCACUGCCAGCUGAGCCGCUGCCGCCUCCGGGGAAGCCACCGGACUCCGGAACCUGUGCCGCUGCCGCCCCAGUCGCCGUGUCUGCCUCAGGAUGAGGCGUGCGCCAGCAGUGGCAGCGGCGAGAGUCUGGGUGCCAACGGCCCCCACCUGCACACACUGACGCAGCCCAUCGUGGUCACGGUGCCACGGCCGCCCCUCAGGCCACCCAAGGGCGUCCCCGGCAGAGCCGUACGCCCUGAGCCUCCUGCGCCGGCCCCGGUGGCCCUGGAGCCCGCACCGCUGGUGGCGCUGGUGGUGGCCGCCUUCUUGUUGGGCGCCGCGCUGGUCGCCGGGCUCGGCCUCGUGUGCGCGCCUUCAGCGCCCCCACCUCCCAGCCCACCCCCAAGAGCCUCGCCUAGCGACCCCCAGCCCAGAAGACCCCAGUAAGGCAGGGUGGCCUGGAUCGCCCCUUCAAGGGAUGGCGUGCCCCCAGCAGAGUCCAGGGACGCACCCGCCAGACUUAAUGUCGGAGCAGACUCACCAGUCUGGACCGCAGCCUUCGACCUCGGACCCCACGGCACCAUGAUCCCUGCACCCCGCCUCCUCACUCCUCCCACCUGGGCUCAAAAUAAAC